CCGGACCAGCUGCUCUUUGCUGUGCCCAGUGACUGUGGUUAGGCCAGUCCCAGGAUCCGUCAGCACAUCUGCUCCCCUAAUUCCCUCCAGCCCAAGGAGCUGUUGGUGGAGGUGUGGAGUUGAGGAGCUGGGAAGAAGAGGACAGCAGUGUCUGAGAAUCCCUUCAGAGGAGCAAGAUCUUAAAGUCUCAAGUCAUGUAUUUCCUUGGACUGUUGUCUUUGCUUGUUUUGCAAAGUGAAGCCUUCAAGACCAAUUUUCCCGAUGAAACCAUUGCUGAGCUCUCUGUGAACAUUUACAACCAGCUGAGAGCCACCAGAGAAGAUGAGAACAUCCUUUUCUCUCCUCUGAGCAUUGCACUGGCCAUGGGAAUGGUGGAGCUGGGUGCCCAUGGAACCACUUUGAAAGAGAUUCGACAUGCCUUGGGGUUUGACAGCUUGAAAAAUGGUGAAGAAUUUACCUUCCUGAAGGACCUUUCUGACAUGGCAACUACUGAAGAAAGUCAUUACGUGCUGGAUAUUGCCAACUCCCUGUAUGUGCAGAAUGGGUUCCAUGUCAGUGACAAAUUCCUGCAGUUGGUCAAAAAAUACUUUAAGGCUGAAGUGGAGAAUGUGGAUUUCAGCCAAAGUGCAGCAGUUGCUGCCCAAAUCAACAAGUGGGUGGAGAAUCACACAAACAGUAUGAUCAAAGAUUUUGUGUCUUCGGGAGACUUUGGUGCUCUCACUCAUUUGGCUCUCAUCAAUGCAAUCUACUUUAAGGGCAACUGGAAGUCACAGUUCAGACCUGAAAAUACAAGAACUUUUUCUUUCACUAAAGAUGAUGAAAGUGAAGUGCAGAUUCCAAUGAUGUACCAACAGGGAGAGUUUUACUACGGGGAGUUCAGUGAUGGCUCCAAUGAAGCAGGUGGCAUCUACCAGGUUCUGGAGAUCCCCUAUGAGGGAGAUGAGAUCAGUAUGAUGAUCGUCCUGUCCAGGCAGGAGGUUCCACUGGUCACACUGGAACCACUGGUCAAAGCCUCCUUGAUUAAUGAAUGGGCCAAUUCUGUAAAGAAGCAGAAAGUGGAAGUGUAUUUACCAAGGUUCACAGUAGAACAGGAGAUUGAUCUCAAAGAAGUCUGGAGAGGGCUGGGAAUUACAGAGCUGUUCAGCAGCAGUGCUGACCUCACUGCCAUGUCUGAUAACAAGGAACUUUACCUUGCAAAGGCAUUUCACAAGGCAUUUCUAGAAGUUAAUGAGGAAGGAUCAGAAGCUGCUGCUGCCUCAGGAAUGAUUGCCAUCAGCAGGAUGGCAGUGCUGUAUCCCCAAGUUAUAGUUGACCAUCCCUUUUUCUUUUUGGUCAGAAACAGAAGAACAGGUACCGUGCUAUUCAUGGGAAGGGUAAUGCACCCCGAAGCAAUGAACACAAGUGGCCAUGACUUUGAAAAGCUUUAACUGCCACCAGCCACCAAAAAGAGGAGAUAAGCACAUAAAGUUUGAAGUUAAUAUAUUUAAGGUUUGCUGUGUUUCCCCCCCAAGAUAUUGUUUCAAACGCUUUCGGAUCUAACUGCGUGCAAGUCAGUUCCCAGAGGGAAGCUUACAGUGUUAAAGUAAUGGUUCUGUUUCUGUUGUUGUGAUUGCUGUGUCCUUAAAAUAAAGUUGUGUACAUGUCAACAACUGUUUCUUGUUCUAGUGGAUUGUAAAGCAGAAAACUGCAAACCCAUUAUUUGUAAUUUUUUUUUACGGUCCAAAGACUGACUUGAUCAAUGAGACAGGAGCAGAAUGUGCAGCUCUGAAUAAUGCAAAUGGCAAAACUUGGUGGUGAUUUCUAAGAGCUCCAUGUGGACAAUGUGCUCUCAUCCUGUUCCUGUCAGAGCAGUGAACAGCCUGUGCUCUGCUGGCUGAUCGGGGGGGGAAUGGAACAAAAGAAGCUGAGUGGAUUUUAUUCUCUGACUGUGGUAGACUUUGUGUGAACUCUCCCCCGUGAUUCUCAAAUGUUGCUUUUCUGGAUGCUCCUGCAUGUGACUGCCACUGACCCUCCCUAAGUGUUGAUGACAAUAAAAGUUGAUGGCAUGAAUAUCUGAGCCCUGUCAGUGCAGAACAGCUCUGUGUGUGACUGAAGUAAAAUACUUGAGUAGUAAA